GACCGGAGCGGAGCACCACACCUGGGAGGGGGGCAGCGGCGGGCGGGGCUCGCGCACGCGCGCUGCGGGGCCUGCGGGCCCUGGGGGAGCCCGCUGUGCUGGAGCGCUGCCCGAGAGCGCUGUCGCUGAGGUGGCGCCGUACCCGAGGCUCCUCUCCUCCGCCUCAGCUCGGAGAGAGUCGGGAGGAUGGCUUCGGAGGUGGAGUCGUCGCUGGAGGUCAGCUUCUCGUCCAGCUGUGCGGUGUCAGGGGCGUCCGGGUGUCUGCCUCCCGCCCGCUCCCGCAUCUUCAAGAUCAUCGUGAUCGGCGACUCGAACGUGGGCAAAACGUGCCUGACUUACCGCUUCUGCGCCGGCCGCUUCCCCGACCGCACCGAGGCCACCAUCGGGGUGGACUUCCGAGAGCGAGCCGUGGAGAUCGACGGCGAGCGCAUCAAGAUCCAGCUGUGGGACACUGCAGGACAAGAGCGGUUCAGGAAGAGCAUGGUUCAGCACUACUACAGGAACGUGCACGCCGUCGUCUUUGUCUAUGACAUGACCAACAUGGCCAGCUUCCACAGCCUGCCAUCUUGGAUCGAGGAAUGCAAGCAGCACUUGCUGGCAAGUGACAUACCUCGCAUCCUGGUUGGAAAUAAAUGUGACUUGAGAAGCGCCAUUCAGGUGCCCACAGACUUGGCACAGAAGUUUGCUGACACACACAGUAUGCCUUUGUUUGAGACCUCGGCUAAAAACCCCAAUGAUAAUGACCACGUAGAAGCGAUAUUCAUGACAUUGGCUCACAAGCUGAAGAGCCACAAGCCACUGAUGCUUAGCCAGCCCCCUGAUAACAGAGUUAUCCUGAAACCCGAAACAAAGCCCGCGGUGCCGUGCUGGUGCUGAGUCACAGGUGUGCCCAUCACGGGUCUGACUGAGUCUGAAGUAGUGUAAUUACGUGUGUAAGAUUAACUCUUCAAUAUCAUGGCUCAUCCUGCUGGUCCUGUUGUUGCGCUGCCUUUUGUAUUUUCAUCCUCUUCCUAAGUUUGUCACUGUGACCGUUCAAGGAGAAGGCCAAUUUAUAGCUGGGAUGGAAAAGGAAGCAAAGACGGGACGACCAGGUCUUCUUUCCGGUCCCAGGCCUCCCGUGAGCAUGAUGGGACCUCAAGGCUCAGUGUGGUGCCCACGCCGUGUUCCUGGACUGGGAAAGAAAUGCCGUGUAGAGCACACUUACUGCGCGGAGCUAAGGGCAAAUAGCGAGUUACUGAGGUGCUUUUUGUUGUACUGUGGCUUCUAAGUACUAAAAAACUAAUCAAAUAAUCCAGACAGUUGUAAUGGGAAUUUAUUUUAGCCAUGACUUUUAAUUAGUUGCAAAGCUGGUUCCUGGUGCCCCUUGUCCUCCACCUGUAGUGAGUUGGGUGACUCAGGGCUGGAUUUAGUCAGUGUCUAUUCUGCCAGAGCUCUGAAGGCACACCUCAGUUCCUGAGUCUACGUGGAUUCCUCUCAUAGUAGUGUUGGGUUAGUUUUUUUUUUUAAAUGUUUGCGUUUUAUGUCCACAAACUGUUCCUUUGGACAAAAUGAAUUAAUUUUUUUUUUUUUUUUUU